AUGGCCGUGACCACCCUCUUGGCGAUGAGGCUCGUCCUCGGCCUCCUCCUGUACGAGCUGGUCAGAGCCCAGGCGCCCGUCUUCUCGUUCACUCCAAACAUCAAGUUCAACUACACCAUUCCGGCGAUGUCACCCCAGUUCACGUUCACGCCGUCGUUCAAGCUCGCCUUCUGGGAGAAUGCGUCUGGCGGAAACAAGACCGCGAUGUGGAACACGAGCUUCUCCGAGACGCCAUGGUCGAGCUACGUGCCGGGCCAGGUGGGCGUCGGCGCCGCCAAGUCGUGGGUGUCUGGCCGGCUCGACAGGGCGCUCGAAUUCACGUACAUCGGCACGGGGGCAUGGAUCUCGGGCUCAUUCGACUGGACCAACACGACGAUACCAGACUCGGGCGACAUCUUGAACAGCCCUUGGUUCGACCCCGGCGACAUGCUAAUGACGCUCAACGUGAUCCGUGGCACCAACUGGCUCAACCAGACGGGCCGCAACGGGCUGUCGCUCACCGAGCGCACAGGGUCAUUCGCCGGCCGUGCCAAAUCCGAGAUGGGCUUCGAGGUGGACAGUGUCACCGUCGAGACGGGCCUCCUUGCGAAUGUCUCGUCGUUGGACCAGGUCCAAUCCCGCGUCGAGUACAUGGUCGUCAACGGCUCGUUGAAUCCCUACUAUAAGUGGUCUGGACCCAAUGUCACUGGCGAGAACGAGUACUACAACACGGUCGACUGGCAGGUCUCUUCCGAGCUGGACGGCGUAGCCGGCCAGCAGCCCCCCUCGCCGUGGCAGGGCCAGAAGACGGCAACUACGCAAACGUACUACUCCAAAGUCGGCCUCCCGGUGCCCCUCGGCACGAACUAUGUCAUCGUCAAUGGGACGACAGGCCCAGACAAGUGGUGGGCUGUGGUCUACUUGGUCCCUGAAGAGCCCGGUGUCGAUGUGAUCAGGACGGUGAUGCUCUACAACCCUUGGGUAUCCGUCCAGACCAUCCUCCAAGCUCCCCUCGACCCCACCCUCAAGUACAACCUCACCAUCGUCCCCGCCACGGACCAGUUCGACACCAAACUUAACAUGUCCCGUGGGUUUGACCCUGCAUCUGUUUCGUUGCACAGUAUCCAGUUCUUCUCAGCAGGAGACUUGCCGAAGAAUGCGACGGCAGCCGGCGGCACCCAGCACGGCCCCAAGAAGUCUUCAGCAGGCGCCAUUGCCGGUGGGGUGGUCGGUGGAGUCGUCGCCUUGGCCCUUCUCGCCCUUGUCCUCUGGUUCAUUCGCAAGCGGAAGCGGUGA